AUGGGGAAUCUCUCCAACGGAGACCAUGGGCAAGGAUCCAAUGUCUCCCUACUCCAGAUUAUUUUUUACGAGGACAAGAACUUCCAGGGUCGGAGCUAUGAGUGCAGCAAUGACUGCACAGACCUUCACUUGCACUUCAGCCGCUGCAACUCCAUUCGAGUGGAGAGUGGCUGCUUCAUGAUUUAUGAGCGACCCAACUUCAUGGGCCACCAGUACUACAUGAGGAGGGGAGAGUACCCCGACUAUCAGAGAUGGAUGGGCUUCAGUAGCAGCAUUCGCUCAUGCCGGAUGAUUCCAGCGUAUCGAGGCUCUUACAGAAUGCGCCUGUAUGAGAAGCCCGACUUCACCGGUCACAUGAUGGAGUUCAUGGACGACUGUCCUUGUGUGUCUGACCGUUUUCAUCACCGCCAUGUCUACUCGUGCAAUGUUAUGAAUGGCUACUGGAUCUUCUAUGAGUACCCUAACUACCGAGGCAGACAGUACUUCCUGAAACCUGGGGAAUAUCGGAGGUACCGAGACUGGUGUGCCACCUGCGCCAUCGUCGGAUCCUUCAGGAGGGUCGCAGAAUUUUAGCCAUCAAGAAAAGCCUUGCUGUAAAUAUCAAACACUUUGUUUAUUAAAGGUACUGAAUUUUUAACCAA